UGCCGAGCAGAGCCGGGCGCUGGGCGCCGAGCGCCGGCCGCCAGCCCGCCCGCACCCCCUCCCCGGCCGGCUGGCUGGCUGUGCGCACGGCGAACAUGGCGGCGGCGGUGGGGCGGGAGACUCUACCUGAGCACUGGUCCUACGGCGUCUGCAAGGACGGGCGAGUCUUCUUCAUUGACGACCUGACCCGCACCACCACUUGGCUGCAUCCUCGCACCGGGGAGCCCGUCAACUCUGGCCACAUGAUCCGCUCAGACCUGCCCCGCGGAUGGGAGGAGGGCUUCUCGCAGGAGGGCGCCAGCUACUUCAUCGACCAUAAUCAGCAGACCACAUCAUUUAGACAUCCUGUGACAGGACAGGUUUCUCCAGAAAAUAUUGAAUUUAUUUUGCGAGAAGAACAGAAUUCACCUAUGUCCAAGCAACAGGUAAACCAAAGACCUUCAAGCAUGGUCAGUGAAACGUCCACUGCAGUAACUACAUCUGCUGUUGAUACAAAACCUGGCUCUAAGGUUGUGAAGGCUGGAAACAAAGUUCAUAGCUUUGGAAAGAGGGAUCAAGCUAUCAGGAGGAAUCCCAAUGUUCCUGUUAUAGUAAGAGGCUGGCUACAUAAACAGGAUAGCUCUGGAAUGCGAUUAUGGAAAAGAAGAUGGUUUGUGCUUGCAGAUUAUUGUUUAUUUUACUAUAAAGACAGCAGAGAAGAAUCUGUUCUGGGUAGCAUACCAUUGCCUAGUUACGUAAUAUCUCCAGUUGGACCUGAAGAUCGCAUAAAUCGCAAAUUUUCUUUUAAGGCUGUUCAUACAGGUAUGCGGGCAUAUAUUUAUAAUAGGAAUUCUGUUAUUGGCUCUCAGGCAGAGCAUUCAGGGAUGCGGACAUACUACUUCAGUGCAGAUACCCAGGAGGAUAUGAAUGGCUGGAUCCGGGCUAUGAAUCAAGCUGCUCUUAUGCAAACACGCUCUUCUUCACUGAAGAGAGAAACUGAAAAAGUGGAUCAGCAAGCUGUUCCCCAAGUCAAUCAUGUGGAUGCCUGUAAAGAAUGUGUGAAGGCAGAGAUUACAGAUACAAAAGAAAGUUAUCAAAAAUCAGCUGAAAUGGUCGGAUAUGAUAAGCGUGAGGAGAUAAGAAGAGAAAAAGAGGAGGAGGAGCAUUAUGUCCACAGAAAAGAAACUCCAGAAACUAAGGGAAAGCCUAAGCAUGCGUUAACAGAAGCUGAUUCAUUAUUUCCAGACUUAACGAAUGCAUCAUGGUCCCACGUAGCUUACCCUCAGCCAGCUGAGAAGAAUGGAACGCUUCCUAGUUCAUUAAGUAUGAGUGCUGGUCCAGUGGAGCAGAAUGGUACCAGCUCAUAUAAAAGAGGGUUUGUUCCCAGAACAAAUCCAGAUAAACAGAUUCAAAGAAAAAGUAACAUGGCUCAAGUGGAGCACUGGGUAAAAGUCCAAAAAGGAGACACAAGAAGCCUUGCUUCUGAUCAGACUCUUACACGUCAGGGUCCCAAUCCACCUUUUCCUGAAAACUAUCACACUUUGCCAAAGAAUACCAGGCAGCCUUCAGGGAGCUCACCACCACCACCAAACCGCAAUUUGCCGAGUGACUACAAAUAUGCACAAGAUCGUGUUAGCCACUUGAAGAUGUCCCAGGAGGAAAGGAAAGCAAAUAAGGAUGGAACUGUGUGGCAGCUAUAUGAAUGGCAGCAGAGACAGCAAUUUAAACAUGGCAGCCCCACUGCCCCACUUUAUGUAGGUUCUUCAGACUUUAUUGAUCGUGGUAAGUCAAAAAGUUCAUUUGAUGUUCCACGAUCAAUAUCUGUUCCACCGUCUCCAUCUGAUAUUCCUCCACCUGGACCUCCAAAAAGCUUCCUCCCAAGGAGACCACACACUCCUGCAGAAAGGCUUACAGUUAAACCAUCUGAUGAAAGACAGACUAUAGACGUUCCUUUUGCUGGAUCACCCAGGAAGAUACGAAGUCAUGCUGUAAAGAGCUCAACUCACAUUGAUCGGCGCUCUAUGCCUGCCAUGGGCUACAUGACACAUACUGUGAGUGCACCCAGUUUGCAUGGCAAGUCGGCGGAUGACACUUAUAUCCAGUUGAAAAAGGAUUUGGAAUAUUUGGAUCUAAAGAUAGAAAAUAAUGGACCUCUGAUCAACAUGAUAUACAAAGUGCUGAAGAACUCAGCACAAGGUUUACUAUCCAGUAUACAUGUGACAGGGCGUGACACAUUAAAAGAACGAAGUACCAAACCUGUCAAAAUUGCAGAAAGUGAUAUUGAUGUCAAGCUAAGUGUUUUCUGUGAGCAGGACAGAAUUCUGCAGGAUUUGGAGGACAAAAUAAGAGCUCUUAAGGAAAACAAAGAUCAGCUGGAGUCUGUUUUGGAGGUUUCGCACAGGCAGAUGGAACAGUACAAAGACCAACCGCAACACGCAGAAAAGAUUUCUUACCAGCAGAGACUUUUGCAAGAGGAUCUCAUACAUAUCCGAGCUGAAAUAUCUAAAGUUUCAACGGAAAUGGAAAAUGCUUGGAAUGAAUAUCUGAAAUUAGAAAACGAUGUGAGCCAGCUGAAAAAAGCCUUACAGGAACAGAUGAAUAGUUCAUUGGUAUCUCAGGAGAAAACACAAAUACAAAAAGACUUGUGGAGAAUUGAAGAUGUUACAGCUGGUUUGAAUGCAAAUAAAGCAAAUUACAAAACCAUAGUAGACUCUAUCAAGAAUCCAGAGAGAAAAAUAGUGCCUUCAUUUUCUCAGCCAUCAGUGCCUUCCUUACCAGCCUCCCUUGCAACUGCGGACAGCAAACUUUCAGUUCCGCAAAGUCCUCCACCCAGUCCAGUUAAAUCCGCUCUGGAGGUUAGGCUGUAUCCACAGCCUUAUUUCCAGACCAGAACGCAGCACCAAGCACAGCAGCUGAAAAAAAUCGAGCCACCUCUUCAGUCACCAAUUAAGCUCAAGCCAAAGGUUGAAGAUGAAGCACCACCCAGACCUCCUCUUCCUCAGUUGUACAGUCCUGAUGAUCAGCCACCAGCUGUUCCACCUCUCCCGAGAGAAGCCACUGUCAUCAGGCACACAUCAGUGCGGGGCCUGAAGCGUCAGUCAGAUGAAAGAAAAAGAGACAGAGAACUCGGACAGUAUGUAAAUGGAGAUUAUAGGGUGGAACUGCGUUCAUACAUGAGUGAACCAGAACUAGCAACAAUAGGUGGUGACCUCAGCCAACCUUCCAGUGUUUUAAUAAGCUCUGACAGUGGAUACCAGACAUUACCUACCCGUGGUUUAUCUGGAUCAACUUCCAGGUUGCACCAAUCGUCUACCAUUUCAUCAUUUGCAACACUUCGAAGGGAUAGGUCCAAGGAGAGACCAAAGAGUGCCUUGGAACGUUUAUACUCUGGAGACCACCAAAGAGGCAAGAUGAGUGCAGAGGAACAACUAGAAAGAAUGAAGCGACAUCAGAAAGCAUUAGUUCGUGAACGCAAGAGAACUCUUAGCCAAGGAGAAAGGCAGUCUGUUUCAUCUCGGUCUUUCAUCAGGCCCAUUUCUGCAGACAUAGGCUCAUGGAAACGAGAGCAAGAAUUUGAUUUGCAGUUACUUGAGAGGGCAAUUCGUGAAGAAGACAAGGAUGAAAAUGAAUGGUUAAAAGUUCAGCCGGUAGCAGUGAGAGAGACAGACCUGGAGCCUCAAGACUAUGAUUUAGAUAUUAGCAGAGAGUUGUCAAAACCUGAGAAGGUUGCAAUUCCAGAACGCUACAUUGAACUGGAGCCAGAAGAGCCUCUUUCUACAGAAGAACUGGCAGCAAGGCAGCGUAAAGCAGAAAAGAUAAAGAAUAUUCUUACUAAAUCAAGUAUGCACAAUCUACAGCCCACUGUUGCCCAGGACAAACACAACUCGGUUGAUUUAGAUUCACAGCUGCAAGAGCAGGAGCGCAUCAUUACCAUAUCAUACGCUUUGGCUUCUGAAGCCUCUCAGAGGAGCAAGGAGGUGGCAGCUCAGCAGUUGACCUAUCCAUCUAAAGCACCCUCACCUUCUGUACCACAGCCACCUCACUCCCCCUUAAGCAAUGGAUUUCACUACACAUUUGUUUAAACACCUUUAAAACCAAAGCAGUGAGUGAACACUUGAUGUAAGACUCAAAGCAAAUCCCUCCUAGUUACACCAUGUGGAAGGAAGAAGAGAUUCUUUACCAGCUUUCUUUGAAGAUGCUCAUCGGCUGAUGAUAUGUUCUUCUGGAAAUACACUCAGAGAAUAAUAGGGGGAUUUUCUAUGAAAAUGAAGAGAUUUGAAAAUCAUUUUAUUUUUACUUCUGUUUAGUUCAGACUUUUUAUAUGAAUAAAUGGCACUUUUAUUAAACUGUAAAAUACUGACAAUGUAUUUUUAGAACAAUGUAUUUUAGAUUUUUUUUUUUUUUUUUAAAUCAAGGGCUGAAUUCAUUUUAGGAGAAACUACUUGCAUAGAUGUUAAAAGAUGCUGUUACUUCCCCCUCAGGCUCAGAUGCACAAUGUAAAGUUUCAUGAAAAAAAAAAAAAAGAAAAGUUGAACAACCUAGAAGCACAUUCGUAGGUUAUGGGUGGAGCUAAUGCAAGGGACAGAUUUGCUAAAAGGGUGUUUUGGAUUGAGUAUUUUUGUAGAGUUAAGCACCCACCCUUUUGCCCAUUAAAUAAUACAUUGCAAGAACUUUUAGCUUGAAUUUCUAAACAUCGGUAACCACUGUACAGCUGAAGUUUCCCACAAAAGCUGUAAUUGAAGCCAGUUUUAAGUCCCAUUUCCUUUUUUGAUCCCAUAUGAUUAACUUGGUGGUAUCACUACACAGUCUGCUUGGGAACCCUCAGAAACAAACAGCUGGCAAAUUUUACUUUCUUUGGAAAGAUAUAAAAGAAGAAAACUUUUAAUUAAAAUAUGUGAAGAAAUGAAAAAACAAUAAUAGCAUUUGUCAUUUCACCAGUAAAUAUGUAUUUUUCUUUUGGAAUUUUUUCAAUAAACAUCACAGUAUGAUGUAUUGACUAGUAUUUAUCCUGGAAACAGCAAAACUAAUUUCGUAUGUAUGGUCACCUGUUGCUCAACUUUGCCAAACUUUGAAAUUCAGUGUUUUACUUAUGUACAGGGCAAAGGGUCAGGCAGUUACCGAAGGAGAAAAUAAGAUUGAAUGAAUUGCUGCAACUAUGUUACUUGAAACUUGUGUAUGCAUUGAAGGCAAGACAUGCAAAAAUUUCUCAAUAUUAAGCAAUUAUUGGUUGAGUUCAGCUCUGGAUGAGAAAUUACUGAGAAAUACUUCUGCAGUGUUUUGUGAAACCACUAACUUGUUUAUUUGUUGUAUCCAAGUAAUAGCUAUAAAACCCUUGAAAAUGAUUGACCUUUAAGUUUCAGACUUCAAGACAAAUCAUAUUAUAUUAACACUAUACUCAGAAAUAUUCUUAAAAGUAUGUAUUUAGCUAAUGCAAUCUACUUUACCUCAAUACUGCCAGUAUCAACUUCAAAACCUUUUGCCAAAAUAAUGAUUUAUUUUUGCCUUUAUAAAAAGUUUUGAAAGCAUAAAUGAGUAUUUUGCAAGAAAACAUUAAUUUAAAUAAAAUGUAACAGUGUGGAAAAUGGUAUAUGUACAGAUUAAAAUAUUAACUGCC